CUCCCUUCUCUCCACUCCUCCUUCACACCGCCCAACUUCCGGCUACUCUUCCCGGUCUUCUUCUACCUGUCAGUCGGGUUCUGGGACUACAACCGGGUCGGUGUACUAAAAAAAACGUCCAAGAAGCGGACAGUGUGGAUUUAUCGCGUUCGCUGGAUUCGUGGUGGGCAUUCCAUUUGUGCUGCGGCUCCGCCCGGCGAGCGGUGCUGAAGUGACGGGCAGAGUUUCUGGAGGAGCAGUCCGACAGCCGCGGCAGCAGCGGUGCGGUCCGACCCCCCACGCCGGACAAAGAAAGCAGGAAAGGGGGAAAUAAGGGAACUAUUCGACUUAAGAAGAGCCGAAUGAUGGAUACCGACCUCUUCAAGCUCGUCGGUGCCCUGCUCAUGCUCGGUGGGAGCUUAGCCCGAGUGGUGACAGUGCCUCCAGGCCCGUUGAUUCGUGUGGAGAGUCAGCCAGUCUCCAUCAGGUGUGAUGUCACAGACUACAUGGGGCCACGUGAGCAGGACUUUGAUUGGAUGAUGUCUCGGGAGGCAAACAUGCAGAGCAUAAAGAUCAUCUCCACCUUUGAUAGCGGCUUCUCCGACCAGUCACUUACCAAACGCGUGGCGUCAGGUGAUAUCUCCGUGAUGCGUCUCCAGGACAACGUGGUGGAGCUAAAGAUUGCGGAGGCCAAGUCGCAAGACGCCGGCUUGUACCAAUGCCUAACGCCAAGCACCGACUCUGUCCAAAGUGGAAACUACGACGAUCAUGUCCAACUCAUUGUCAUCCCCGACACACUGAAGGUCACCUCUCAGACCCUGCCGUCUUCCAUCCCCGAGGGUAGUGAUCUCACGCUCUCCUGCAACGUCACCAGGGAACUCACCCAACCCACGUACCUGUCCGUUAGCUGGUCGCUGAAAAAAGGGGGAACAUCGGAGGAGAUUUUGACUUUUGGCCCUCAGGGGGACGUGGUCACAGGGGCCAAGUACACCAGGCGCUACGCUGACGGAGCCAUCCGGUUGGCCCCCGGGAAGAACGGAUUGUUUGAGCUGGUGAUUUCCAGAGUGACGACGUCUGACGAAGGGAUUUAUGAGUGCAAUGGAACAGAGUGGACACAUGAAAAUGGAGGCAAAUGGAUUCAAAUUGUUGGCAGGGCUAAAGAAAUGGGAACUAUUGCUGUUAUUCCUACAGGUCAAUCCCUCAGUGUGAAGGCUUCUUCGUCUGCCUCUCCACCCUCUACAAACCUGCUCCUCGCCCCCGGUGAAAAGCUGGCCCUCCUUUGCUCUGUGGCCGCCGGGAACCUGCCCUCCCUGUCGCUCGAAGUGACCUGGCUGGCCAACGGCCGCGAUAUCAUCACCAUGGAGCGCAACGGGGUGGUGAUAUCGAACAUGUCUGCCAGCUCAGCGCAAGGAAAGCGCAGCGAGGCGGGCCUGGAGCGGGUCGGGGCGGACGUCUAUAGGCUAGCGGUGAGGCAAGUCAGCACGGAAGACGGAGGGACGUACACCUGCCGCGUCCGGGCCUUCAUCGAGAAAGGCGGGAGGAGCGCAGGCGGAGGAGGCCGGUGGCACAUGGCGGCUGAGAAGACGUCAAGCCCUGUGACGGUGAAAGUGUCCCAGAUUAGACCCAGCUUCACAUUGGCUCUUGAGUCCAUCCUGCAGCCACAGGUGACCAGUGAACCGACAGAGUUGGCCUGUCAUGUGACCAAUAUUACACACCUACCUGUGGGAGGCCGCCUGGGUGUGACAUGGGAGCACACCACCUUACCUGGUGCUACUAGCGACCCCCAAGCCACGCAUCUCAUUGGCUCCUUGGACGGCUAUGGCAAUCUGUUGCCUGGAGCACUGUAUUCCGACAGACUGCGGAGUGGCGUGAUGUCACUGACACGUGUCCAGCCAGACACGUUCAAACUGCGAUUCCUCCGCACUCAGGAGAUCGACAUGGGCCAGUAUGUUUGUGCCAUCUCAACGUGGGCCGUCAACAACCAGGACGACUUGGUGAAGACCGCAGAGAACCAAAGCGUGCCACUGACUCUUCGAUGGGAAACCAAAAGUCCAUCGCUGAACGUCGCAGCCAAGCGCAUUCGCGAGGCUUCCGUGGGCGGGGCUACCUUCGAGAUGAACUGCAAGGUGACAACCGAGAACCUGGGUGAGGCGAGCUAUUCAGUGCUCAUCCAAUCACAGGAAAGCCUGGGGAGCAGUGUGAAGACUAUCAUGACUCUAAGCCCUGACAACGUUAUGCAGCACGGGGUAACCAUAGACCCCAAACGGAGAGACAAUCUGGUUUUGGUCAAGUCCAGUGCCACUGAGUUUCGGUUUCGCCUUGGCGGCGUCCAGUUGUCAGAUCGAGGAUUCUACUGGUGUCACGUCACUGCAUGGACCAAACAACAACCAAGGCAAACGUGGACAAGCGCCGGAAACGCCGAGUCCAACAAAGUCAAGAUCGACUUUCAAGAGAACGGACCUUCCUUCUCCAUCGCUAUACAUUCGGAUACCAGUACUGUUUAUCCAUGGCAAACCGCCAAGAUGAAGUGUUCCGUCCGCGUCUCUGGAUCCUCACCAAAGACGGACGACCUGGCAUACGUGGUGCGUUGGUUUUUCACCCGACUACGCGGCGCGGAGACGACGACACAAGUAGCCAGCAUCGACCGCUUUGGAGUCGUGACUAAAGAGUAUCGCAACUCUUCCAGUGACCUCUCCGUGGAGCGCGACGACGCAAACUCCUACACGUUAAACGUCCACGGCGCCCACGACAGCGACAGCGGGGAGUACCACUGUGCGGCCACUCCCUGGUAUCUGUCCGCCUCCACAGGAGCAUGGACUCAAGCUGGGGAGCUGACAUCAUCGCGAGUCUUCCUAUCGGUCCGAUUCGCUGUGUGGGAGUCCCUAAAGCUGCCUCUCUUGUACGGCGUUUCAGCAUCAGUGGGUGUCGGCCUCUUCUCGCUGGUCCUGGGCCUGGUCUGCGCCCGGUGCUGCUGCCGCAACAUCGCGCACACCCCGCGCUCGCGCAACAAGCUGAUGGACCUGGAGAUGGACUGACAACAACUUUCCCCUGCGCCCUCGCACUGCAGCGCUCACAGGAAACACAACAGACACACUCCCGCCGACGACUUCUGGGAGACCCGGUUGUUCCCGAGCGGAAGGCGCUGGGAGUAAAAACGGACGUGUUGCCCGUGGAGGCAGCUCUGCAGCGGAGGAGCAGGGGGGAUUCUCGCCACCCUCUUUUUCACAAACACAAAAGACCUGUGGCGCUUUCCCGAGUUUGAUGUUUUUCUUUUCCCAGGAGUUUUCACUGCCACGUGGAAGGACCACUUAUCUACCAAACUAACCAAUGAAGGGCUCAGGCCCACCAUGCAGAACACCUUCUGGAAGCUCUCAAAAGGUGCAUUUUGGACCUUAAGGGUCCGCCUGAGCCUUGUUUCUUCGCCGCCUCGGGAGGACCCGUGGCGUCAGAACUCGGCCGCAGAGGGUCCGCGUCCUUCCACCCUGCGUGGGCGGCAUUGCACUACCAACCCAGAGUGUUCCUACCUUAACAAACGGACAACUACCUUUUAUUCUCAGUUCUAGUCUUUUUUUAAAAAUUAAGAGAUUUUAACGGCAGAGACAUUUUUAUGCUUCACGAAGGAGCAUCCAGUGUGUUUCUCCUCCACAGAUGUAUUGUGUGUGUGUGUGUGUGUGUGUGUGUGUGUGUGUGUGUGUGUGUGUGUGUGCGCAUGUUGUGUUUUAAAGUGUGCAGCAGGAGCAGUUUUCAGGGUUACAUCAAACGCUCCCAAAUGUUGCUGUCACUCCACUAACGUGGACUGUCAUGUGAUUCACCAAGCAACGACGAAUGCAGCCCCCCUCUUUACGUUUACCCCCGCACUUAACUGAAAAUCCCCCGAAAUCCAACGUGCUUGCCGGCGUCUGUCGAGCGCGAGGAAAUGAACUUGUAGUCGGAUCAUGUUGUGCAUGAGCGUCCCCGCCACAAACACACAAGACUUUCACAAAUAGCAUUUCAAAUCAAGUAUAGUCCCCAACUUGAGGAGCAAUACUGUGCAGGCGUUAAUUAUGCAGCGCCUGUGGAGGUGCAGCUGCGGUGUUCCAACGGAGUAUAUGCAAUUAUUACACACAUACGGCAAUAUCUGUGCCAAAUGCUCAACUUUUACCACUAACAGAUUUUCCUCGUUUUUAAUGUGUUGUCAUUUUUUUGCAACAAGUAUGAUGAGCUGUGUUUUUUGUUUCUGUUUUUAAAUAAAUAGAUUUGUAAGAUGCUGA